GGUAGGGAGGAAGAAUGUGGAGGGUUUGGUGCUUGCGUGGCUUUUCUUCCCUCUGUGGCGUUCAUCCCAGGGCCCCGGGGGAACGGCUGUUUUCUUAUCCCAGAGCUCCCAUUUUGCAGCAGAAGAGGGGACCACGAUGUCUUCCAUCCCUGCUUCCCAUUCACAGGUGACUGUGGCGUCACAAGUUCCUUUUACAGAUCUCUGCUCAACUUUAGAACAGAUCCAGAAAUGUAAAUCCCGGCCAGAGAAAACAAAGUACUUCAAAGAUUUUUUAGAUUCCUGGAGGAAAUUUCAUGAUGCCCUUCAUAAAAAUGAAAAAGAUGUGACCGAUUCUUUUUAUCCUGCAAUGAGGCUUAUUCUUCCGCAGUUGGAAAGAGAGAGGAUGGCUUAUGGAAUUAAAGAAACUAUGCUUGCAAAGCUCUACAUUGAAAUACUAAACUUACCCAAAGAGGGAAAAGAUGCUUUAAAACUUUUAAAUUAUCGAACACCUGCUGGCUCACGGGGAGAUGCUGGGGAUUUUGCUGUGACUGCCUAUUUUGUGCUGAAGCCAAGAUGCAUCAAGCAAGGUCUAUUAACCGUACAACAAGUGAACGUUCUACUAGAUUCAGUUUCUACCAAUAAUGCUGCUAAAAGGAAAGAUUUGGUCAAGAAGUCUCUUCUGCAGUUAAUAACUCAGAGCUCAGCUCUUGAACAGAAGUGGCUGAUUAGAAUGAUCAUAAAGGAUUUGAAACUCGGUGUCAGCCAACAAACCUUAUUUUCCAUCUUCCAUCCUGAUGCUGCAGAGUUGUUCAGUGUUACAACCGACCUGGAGAAGGUUUGCAAACAGUUGCACGAUCCGUCUGUGUCUCUUAGCGAUGUUUCCAUUUCGCUGUUCUCUGCUUUUAAACCGAUGCUUGCUGCAAUUGCCGAUAUACAACAAAUUGAAAAACAAAUGAACCAUCAGAGUUUCUAUAUAGAAACCAAGUUGGAUGGCGAGCGAAUACAGAUGCACAAAGAUGGGGAUGUAUACAAGUAUUUUUCACGAAAUGGAUAUGAUUAUACUCAGCAGUUUGGUGCAUCUCCCCUUGAAGGUUCAUUGACGCCGUUUGUUCAUAAUGUUUUUCACGAGAAUGUCCAGAACUGCAUUCUGGAUGGCGAAAUGAUGGCCUACAACCCCACAACACAAUCCUUCAUGCAGAAAGGAAACAAAUUUGAUAUCAAAAGAAUGGUGGAUGAUUCUGAAUUGCAGACCUGCUUCUGCGUGUUUGAUGUUCUAAUGCUGAACAGCCAGAAGUUGGGUCAUGAGAUAUUGAGCAAAAGAUAUGAGAUACUGAAUAAGAUCUUUACACCAAUAACAGGCCGUAUACAGGUUGUCCUUAAACGCCAAGCUAAUGCCCGGAAAGAAGUGAUAGAUGCUCUAAAUGAAGCUAUAGAUAACAGGGAAGAAGGAAUUGUGGUCAAAGAUCCCAUGUCAGUUUACAAGCCCGAUAAACGUGGAGAAGGAUGGCUGAAGAUCAAACCAGAAUAUGUCAGUGGGCUGAUGGAUGAACUAGACCUUUUAAUUGUUGGGGGCUACUGGGGAAAAGGCCUCCGUGGUGGCAUGAUGUCCCAUUUUCUAUGUGCAGUUGCUGAGAUUCCUCCACCUGGUGAAAAACCAUCUGUAUUUCAUUCCGUUUGUCGCAUUGGUUCUGGCUACACUAUGAAGGAGCUGUAUGAUCUUGGCUUGAAAUUAGCCAAACACUGGAAACCAUAUCGUAAGAAGGAUCCUCCUGGUAACAUCUUGUGUGGGACUGAGAAGCCCGAGGUCUAUAUUGAACCUUGUAAUUCAGUCAUUGUUCAGGUGAAAGCGGCUGAGAUUGUUAGUAGCGAUAUGUACAAAACUGACUGUACGUUGCGUUUCCCUCGAAUUGAGAAGAUAAGAGAGGAUAAAGAAUGGUAUGAAUGCAUGACUCUUGACCUUUUAGAGCAGCUCAGAGGUAAGGCUUCAGGGAAGCUAGCUACGAAGCAUUUUGAUAUUGAUCACGAGGAGCCACAAGUUAAAAAACGUAAAACGGUGCCAAAGGUUAAAAAAAUAAUUGGAGUAAUGGAUCAUUUUAAAGCCCCCGAUCUUUCUAAUGUAAGCAAACUUUCCAGCAUAUUUGAAGAUGUUGAGUUUUGUGUUAUGACUGGGACAGAAAGCUGUUCAAAAAAUGAACUAGAAAGCAAAAUAGCAGAGUUUGGCGGUAGCGUAGUACAAAACCCUGGUCCAGACACAUACUGUGUAGUUGUAGGGACAGAGAACAUCCGAGUGAAAAAUAUUAUUUCUUCUAACAAGCAUGAUGUUGUGAGAGCCGAGUGGCUUUUGCAGUGCUUUGAAAAACGGGCAUUUGUGCCAUGGCAGCCAGUUUUCAUGAUUCAUAUGUCCUCUGAAACAAAGCAACACUUUGCCUGCAAGUACGACCAGUAUGGCGAUAGUUACGCUGCUGAUAUUGACGCAGUCCAGUUAAAGGAGUUGUUCUCAAGGAUGAGUCAUUUAAAGGAGGAGAUCUCUUGGGAUGUGAUUGCUGACACAGAAGAACGGUAUUCCUGGGACUGCUCUCCGCUCAGUAUGUUCAGGCAGUACACCGUUUACCUGGACCUCUCUGAUGAAGAGAGCGAUCUGAGACAUAAAGUGAAUCGGACAAGACUGUUAACUGGAGCGCUGAUGCUUCGCUUUCAUGGAGCAAGAGUCGCCUCUCGGCUGGAGGAAGGGGUAUCCCAUGUCAUCAUUGGGGAGGAUCAUGGCCGUGUAAAGGAUAUAAAGGCAGUCAGACGGACGUUUAAAAGGAAGUUUAAAAUUCUAUCUGAACAGUGGGUGAAGGAUUCUGUAAAGGCUGGGGAAUUACAAAACGAAGAGGCUUACUUAAUUUAAAUCAGAUUUUAUUUAGCAGGGCAGGAGAUACUCGAUGCAUCUAAUGCAAGAGAAUUCAGCGAAGCGCUUCUUAAUGCUUCAUCUCUUUUAAAUUUAUGGUAAAGAGUAAGGCUGGGAAUGAAAGAAAAGCAUGGAUAGAGGGAAUCAUGCUGCUAAAAGGAAAAGGGUUGCCUUCGUUUAUGGUUUCCUCUCAAUUCAAUCUAGACUGGCACUUCUUUUACUUACAGUGCAAUCCUAAG